GAUUCAUAUAUACAAAAUGGCUUCCUACGAUGAAGAGACUAUGAGACAAGAAAAACUGUUUGGCACAAGUGAAGAAGAAGAAAUGUCUGAUCUUGAUGGAGACCAAGCGUCUGAUAAUGAAGAAGAACCAGUUCGACGUCAAGAUUACGAUCAAGUAGAUGAAUCUGUGCAAUAUCAUCAACAAGAACAAGAAGAAGAAGUAGCUAGACUAGUUACAAAACUACCUUCCUUCAAAAAGAAACAACGCAAUGUAGAUGAUGAAGAAAACGCUCGACUAGAAGAAGUUCGACGUGAAAUUCGUGAGUUGAAAAACACCUCAACUGUAGAAGAUGAUGUAGAUGACGAACAAGGCCCUGUUGACCCUCAACAAGCCUUAAGAGAUGAGAUUGACCGAGAAUUUGCAAAAGCUCUAAGAGGCGGCAAAAAGAAGAAGAAGAGACAAGACGGUGAAGAUCUUGAAAACAGUAUGGAUGAAGAAUUAGCAUUACUAAGAGAACGCAUGAAAAAUGCCUCUGAAGAAGACGCUAUUGCCAAUGGAGAAAGAAGACCAGCUGUUGCCAAGUUAAAGAUGUUGACUGAAGUAUCUACCAUGUUGACAAAUAAGCAUUUAUAUGAUGCUGUUCUUGAUAAUGGUUUAUUAGAUGUCAUUCGAUUAUGGCUUGAACCUUUGCCUGAUCGUUCUUUGCCUAGUUUAGAUAUCCAGAGUGAAAUGUUGGAUAUCUUGGACAAACUACCUAUUUCAGGUGAUCACUUACGUGAAAGUGGUGUAGGCAAAAUCGUUUACUUCUACACAAAAUCACCCCGUAUUGAGCCAGCAAUGAAGAGAAGAGCAGAUCAAUUGGUGGCCAAAUGGAGUCGGUUGGUAAUUAAGCGUAGUGAAAAUUAUAAGGAACGCCGUCCUGUUGUGCAAGAAUAUAGUCAGAUUGAUGUUCUUCACCAAAGAAAGAGAUAUAAGCGUCCUCAAGAAGAGCCUGAAGAAGAAAAGGCUCGAAACAGACACUUUGUUCAUGUUCCUCAAGCAGUUGCAGCAGAUUAUGAUGUUGCACCUCAGAGCACAGUUCGUCUUGAUAAGAACAGAGGCUCUAAACCUGAUAAUACUUUCAGAAGACUGAACAACACAAUGCGUUCAAUCAAAACUGGACCUAAAAGAACAACACCCAAAGUGUCUAUUGAAGGCAAAGGCAUGUCUUUUUAAUUGUAUAUAUAUUCCCACUGUUUAUGAAUAAACUACUCUAGUCUGCAGUAAUUAAGAAUCCGCUAAAAAAUUCAGGCACUCUUUUGCCCUCAUUAAUCUUAUUCCAUGUGUUAUUUAAAAAACUAUAAAAGAGAACUUCUUG